CGUUGUUAAACAUGGACUGCAAAGCGGGAUUACUGGUGUUCAUCACCCUUCUGAUUGGAAGCCUCGCCCUUCCAGCGCCCGAAGAUGAUUUGUCCAUCUUCUUCGACCACACCGACGCCAGCGCUCGUAUCGUCGGUGGUAAUGAGGCAGCUAUAGGUAGCCACCCUCACAUGGUGGGUCUAUCUUCUGGGGUACUUUUACGGAGCAACUUCUGCGGAGGUUCUCUGAUCUCUCAGCGCACUAUCCUCACUGCGGCACAUUGUAUCCGCCAUGUGUACAGCUUUGGAUCUCUGACUAGCUCCCUCCGUGCAACUGUUGGCACUAACCGCGUGAACAGCGGUGGUACCUCUUACACCAUAUCUCGCAACGUGACCCACCCCCACUACGUGCAUCCCGUCAUCAAGAAUGAUAUCGGAGUCCUCAUCACCUCCUCCAACGUAGUCCUCAGCAACCUGGUGCAGGUCGUGCCCAUCACCUACAACUUCAUUGGAGCGGGAGUACAAGCCAGAGUUGCCGGAUGGGGUAACAUCAGGGCUGGCGGUCCCAGUUCUGCUGCUCUGAUGGAGCUGACAACCACUACCAUCGAAGGUAAUGACUGUGUGGCUCGUGCAGCUCAAGCCCGCAUUGAACUGAACAUGAGACAAGCUCCUCACGUUGAGCCCCAUAUUGAGGUCUGCACCUACCACUCUCCUGGACGCGGUACUUGCAACGGUGACUCUGGCAGUGCUCUGCGUCGUGUUGACAACGGCCAGCAGUUCGGUAUCGUGUCCUGGGGCUUCCCAUGUGCUCUCGGCGCUCCUGAUAUGUUCGUCAGACUCAGCGCUUACCAGUCCUGGUUGAAUUCUGUUAUCGUAUAAAUAUAAAAAAACGAACUUUAAAUGAUCAAGAAAUUACGACUGGUGCAAAUAAAUAUAAC